AUGGGUCACUCUAAUUCCGGCACAAUAGUCACUCCACGAGUGGUCCAAAGCGGUUCAGCGGAUUUGAACACGAUGGUAUUAGCAGGUCAAGACGCGUGGCGGAGCCAUCCUUUCCUGACGGGUUGCAUCAAGAAGCCGAUUCCUGGCUUCGGAAUCGCCGCGGGAAUCUUUGCUGUAUAUCUAACCGUCGACACCAUCUCCAACUUGGGCAACAAGAACAGCCACAGCAGCCACGGCCACAGCGCACCUGCCGUUUACGUCAAGGAAGAAAUCGGCGAACGCCCUCGCUACGAAGGCUAGAACUACUUGUCAUUCUGCUCUCGCUCUAGGGAGGAAAGCAUUCCACUCGGAAACGAUAUCAACACGAACGACAACAUCCCA